CAGCACCAUGUCAGUGUGACAACUGAUCGGGUGAACGAUGCACCAGUAACCACCAUGGAAACGAGGAGGAGGAGGAAGAAAAGCUAGCGAGCAUCUCUCUUUUCUCCCCUCCUCUCUCUCCUCCUCCCCCUCCUGCAUUGGAUUGUGAGCUUCCGACAGCCAGCGACACAGAGCUCUCUGCUCAAAGUAAAAGGAUCUGAGCCUGCUGCACGGAGAUUUCCCUCCUAUUACAGGAUCUAUAGAGACAACCAUCGCCUGCCCCAUCUCUGCGUGCCCAGACCCGUCUCCUUAGCAUCACACCAGCGGUAUGUGCUCACCUGAGCUAACGGAUUCAAAUAUGCAGGAGGCGUCCAGGACUGAAACUACUCUUUUUGCAAGGUCUCUUUUCUUCAACAACAACAACAACAACAACAAGGAAGACAUCAUGGAAUCUAAACUCAACACUACUAUAUGAUUGUUCUGUUUUUCUGAUGACCUCCUGGGUGGACCACAUUUUUCAAAUACAACUCAAUAUUUAUUGUUCCCCAAAUAUGCCUCUCUUAACUGGACAAAGUGACUGCAAAGGAGCCACAUAUUUCCAAGAAAGAGAGGGUUGUUAUGCUUCUGCAGCAUGCGUCAUUUGACAAAUGCAAGUGUUUGUCUUCUCAAAUGACCAACUCCUAUUGAACUUAAAAAACUGUAAUUGUCCACUCCUUAAGGGCCAAUUACUUUUCUGGAACAGUGAGCUAAAAUGAAGGACAUGCCAUUCAAAAUUCACCUUUUACUUGGCCUAACUAUCACUGUGCUAGUUCAAGCUGUAGAUAAAAAAGCAGACUGCCCACAGUCAUGUACAUGUGAUAUAAGAUCGUGGUUCACUCCAAGAUCCAUAUACAUGGAAGCUUCUACAGUAGACUGCAAUGAUGUAGGUCUCUCAACUUUCCCAACCCAGUUGCCUGCUGACACACAGGUUCUACUUCUACAGGCAAACAACAUUAAAAAAAUUGAAUACCCAGCAGACUUCCCAGUAAACCUUACUGGUUUGGAUUUGUCUCAGAACAGUUUAUCAUCAGUGGCCAAUAUUGAACUUCGGAAGAUACCCCAACUUCUUUCAGUGUAUCUGGAAGAAAACAAACUUACAGAGUUGCCAGACAAAUGUCUCACUGGGCUGAACAAUCUCCAAGAGCUCUACAUUAAUCACAACCUGCUUUCCACAAUUGCACCAGGAGCCUUCACAGGUCUUUAUAAUCUUCUUAGACUUCAUCUCAAUUCCAAUAGUCUGCAAGUGAUCAACAGUAAGUGGUUUGAAGCUAUUCCUAAUCUGGAGAUUCUUAUGAUUGGAGAAAACCCAAUUAUCAGAAUCGAAGAUAUGAACUUUAAGCCCCUUAUCAAUCUGCGGAGCCUGGUUUUAGCAGGCAUAAAUCUCACAGAAAUACCAGAUAAUGCCUUGGCUGGCCUUGACAAUUUAGAAAGCAUCUCUUUCUAUGACAACAGAUUAGUAAAAGUGCCCCACACUGCUCUUCAAAAGGCUACUAACCUUAAAUUUUUAGAUUUAAACAAGAACCCCAUUAACAGAAUACGAAGAGGAGAUUUUAGCAAUAUGAUACACCUCAAAGAAUUGGGAAUUAAUAACAUGCCUGAACUGAUAUCUAUUGAUAACCUGGCAGUCGACAAUUUGCCAGACUUGAGAAAAAUAGAAGCGACGAAUAACCCCCGACUGUCAUACAUACACCCAAAUGCAUUCUAUCGACUUCCCCGACUGGAAUCACUCAUGCUCAACAGUAAUGCACUCAGUGCCCUGUACCGUAGUACAAUUGAAUCUUUGCCUAAUCUCAAGGAAAUCAGCAUACACAGCAACCCAAUCCGGUGUGACUGCGUCAUCCGAUGGAUUAAUAUGAAUAAAACUAGCAUUAGGUUCAUGGAGCCGGAAUCAUUAUUUUGUGUAGAUCCUCCUGAAUUUCAGGGCCAGAAUGUGAGGAAGGUUCAUUUUAGAGAAAUGAUGGAAAUCUGCCUUCCACUGAUAGCCCCAGAAAGUUUUCCCUCCAGCAUAAAUAUAGAAACAGGCAGCUACAUUUCUUUACAUUGCAGAGCAACAGCAGAACCAGAGCCUGAAGUGUACUGGAUAACUCCAUCAGGACAUAAACUUUUGCCCAACACUGUUUCUCUUAAAUAUUAUGUACAUUCAGAAGGAACGCUAGAUAUCAGUGAUAUAACACAAAAAGAAAGUGGCUUAUACACAUGCAUAGCCACUAAUUUGGUCGGUGCAGAUUUAAAAUCCAUUAUGAUUAAUGUGGAUGGUUCUUUUCCCCAGGAUAACCAUAAAUCUUUGUCUAUUAAGGUUGAAGAUGUGCGAUCUAAUUCUGUACUUCUGUCCUGGGAAGCAACAUCCAAAAUAGUGAGAUCUGCCAUUAGAUGGACUGCCUUCCCAAAAGAUGGAAAUACUCUGGCUUCUCGAAGCACUCGAAUUCCAUCCCAUAUAAAAAUCUAUAAUUUUACACAUCUAACCCCGUCCACGGAAUAUACAAUUUGUAUGGACAUCCCCACUGUCCAGUUACAGAAUGCAAAACAGUGCGUCAACAUUGCAACAAAAGGGUUGGAUCCGGCAAUGGCAAAUUAUGAGAAGAGCAACAUCACUACACUGUUUGUCUGUCUUGCUAUACUUUUGGGAUUCUUUUGUGUGGUUUCUCUCUUCAGCUGCAUCUCUCAUGAAAUGAACUGUGAUGCAGGACACAGCUACUUCAGGAAUUACCUGAAGAAACAAUCCUUUUCCUUCAGUGAGCUUUACCCUCCUCUAAUCAGUCUUUGGGAUACUAACAAAGAGAAAAGCACAGCGCUCGAAGUCCAAGCAACAGUCAUAGGCGUUCCAGCUAAUAUGUCAUGAGAUACCAAUGUUACUGUACUAGUGUGCUAAACUGGGGUGCACAAGACUAAAUAAUUGUGCUCAAUAAAAAAGCAAAAAAAAGUAUCCCUCUACAAAAAUCAAAACCUUGGACUUAGCAGAUGGUGAUAGUUACAAAUACAAAUAUUUGCCGGUGUGGUAUUUUUUAAAAAACAAACACCUGUCUUCGAAGAAUUCUGUGCCAACCAAAUUGUUUUCUAGGACUUUAUAGUGUGACUUCUUACAAUCUAAGAGGCACUCAAUGCUGUCUAUACAGUGCAAGUAGAGGAGAAAAUUUUAUGUAUUUGUUUUUUUUUAUUAAAUGUAGAAAUAGUGGAAUUGAGUAAUACCCUCCUCCUGUGUUAUAUGACACACAUUAGCCACGAGUUUUUGCAGUGAACUAGAAUUGACCCGUGGUGUGAUGAAUUGGACAAAUUCUGUAGAGUAGAACCAGUGAGUAUGUGAAACUUUUUUUAUGAGGAAAAAAAUACAUUUUUGAGAACAAUCAAAAUAUUUUGGACUUCUUUCUUUCUAAGUAAGCUCUUUUGGGGAUUGACUGGAACAUGCUGUGCAACACCAACAUUUUAAUAUCCAGUAAAUACACACAAACUUGCAGGACCGCUUGCAUCAAAUAUAUUUCAGGCUGUGUAGUUGCAAUAAAGGACACAAUAAAACCCUUUCUGAAGUAUUCACAUAAAUGUUUAGGAAAGGUGUUUCACUGGCUGAACACCAGGGCCAAUUUCCACUAUGUUGUGUUGUGUUUUGUUUUUAAAAAGAACAAAACAAAGGAACAAAAAAAUCUUAUUGGAGCAGUAUUUAAUUUGUAAUCUACGAAGCGCUCAGCAGUUUCCAGUCAAAAUCACAGUACUAUAAUCAUUUCUCUAUAUUUUAAAACUAUUAUAUGUCCCAAAGCCAUGGAUCCAUUUUCAUACAAGCCAUUACCAUAAUCAUUCCUAUUUUACAGACUAGCUAUUAUUGAGUAGAAAACUGAAACAAAAUGAGCUGUGUGAACAUCUGCAUUUACUUAAUUAGGCCACACCGCUGAAAGAGUAUUUGGAUUAAAAAUUAAAAGAAUGUUGUGACCUGUAUUCCCAGAGGGAGCUGGUUGGUCACAAUGGGAAACUGGAUUUUGAUGGGACUUUGGUGUGAUCCAUCAGGGUUUUCUUGCAAACCAUUCAGGAAGUAACUAUUGUUAUCAAUGAAUCUUUUCUCUAGAUGUAUCAUGCCUUCAAAAUGCAUGUCUCAAAGAAACCAACCAGAUUAGAUUCUGUGAUUAACCCCGACUCCAUUCAAAUCAAGUGAAGAAUUCUAGCUAACUCAGCCUGGCUGAGUAUUCACAUUUGUGUAUCUGUCAAAGCUUGGUAUAUUGAAAAUAUUUAUUUGCUUUUCUCAUCAUGUGUUUGCAGUGUUCAGGACCAAUAAUAAUAAUAAUAAUAAUAAUAAUAAUAAUAAUAAUAAUAAUAAUAAUACA